AUGAUUGGGGUGCAAAAAGGACAAUCUUCCUCUGUUGUUGCUUCGGUGGCUAUUAAUUUGGCACAACUUUAUGAAGAUGUAAAUUUAUCGACUGUUAAGACGCAUCCACCAAGCGCUGACACACACAGUAGCCAAUGUGUUGACUCUUUUGUUGAUGAUGAAGUUUUGAAUGGUUAUGAUGAUUCAAUGUUGGAUGUGGAUAUGGAAGAUAAUUUUAUACCGUCCUCAAAAACCUUAGACGAGAAUGAGAUUGAUAAUCGAAUAGGCACACUUCGUUCCAAUGAAGCUAUAAAUGAGCGGGAUAGAGAAAUUGUGGCAAUAUUAAGAAAUAUGCUAGACAGAUAUAAUAGUUUGGCAAAGAGUUUUCGCUAUGCAAGAGAUAGGUACCAACAGGAAAAUUGCACAAACAUAAAGCUUAAGUUGAUUAGUAAAAGGACUACAGAUGGCAGGACAUACAACUUGCCAUCUGCAUCUGAAGUGGCUGCAUUGAUUGUUGGCGAUGUCGAACAACUUAGCAAAGAUAGAGAUAUUAUUAUAGAGAGUCAAUCUAGAAAGCUCCAGCGGAUUGAUGUUUUUCAUCCAUCUUAUUUAGCCUUGCAAUAUCCAUUGUUGUUUCCGUAUGGGGAGGAUGGAUUUCGUUUGGGUAUUGCAACAUCAGAUUCUAUCUCCGCUAGACCUACAAAGAAAAACAAAACAAUCACUUUGCGACAAUUCUUUGCUUUUCGACUACAGAAAAGGACGGGUGAAUCUCCGUUAAUUCUGAGAUCAAAGAGAUUAUUCCAACAGUUUCUGGUAGAUGCCUACACAAUGGUGGAAUCAGAGAGGUUAAAAUUCUUUAGGUGUAAACAACCACAGUUGAGGGUUGAUAAAUACAAAUGUCUGCAUGAAAGUCUUAUAAAUGGGGAUGUAGAUGCUGCAAGGCUUGGCAAAAGAAUCAUUCUUCCCAGUACUUUUACCGGUGGACCUAGAUAUGCAGGAUAUCCUAGCUAUUUUAUCACCAUGACCUGUAACCCUGAAUGGGAUGAGAUAAGAAGGGAAGUAACUUCCAUUGGAUUGAAGGCAGAAGACCGUCCUGAUAUAUUGUGUCGAAUUUUCAAGAUCAAGCUUGAUGGUUUGAUAGAUGACCUCAAAGAGGGAAAAAUCUUUGGCAAAAUUUUGGGAUACGUUUGCACUGUAGAGUUUCAAAAGAGAGGGCUUCCGCAUGCACAUAUCCUUUUAUUCAUGAGUAACGAGUUCAAGCCACAAACACCAGAUGACAUAGACAAACAUAUAACAGCUGAGAUUUCUGAUGAAAAUGAAAGGCCAAAUCUACAUGGAGCUGUUCAAAAUUACAUGGUACAUGGUCCAUGUGGUCUGUACAACAAGAAUUCACCUUGCAUGAAGAAUGGAUCCUGUUCAAAGUUCUAUCCUAAAGAGUUUAGACAGCGAACACUCAUUGAUGAGGCCGGAUUUCCCAAAUAUAGGCGUACUGAUAACGGUCGAACAGUGAAGAAAAGGGAAUGUGUACUAGACAAUAAGUUCAUUGUUCCGUAUAAUCCAGAAUUGUUGCUCAAGUUCGGGUGCCACAUAAAUGUGGAAUACACAUGCCAAACAAGUUCUAUUAAGUAUCUGUUUAAGUAUGUACACAAGGGUAAUGACCGCGUAACAGCUACUCUAUACAAUGCUGGUGAUCCGUCAGAAGCCACACAAGUUGUUGACGAAAUUAGGAAUUACUACGAUUGUAGGUAUAUUUCGGCAUGUGAGGCAGUCUGGCGUCUAUUUGGAUACGAAAUCCAAGAGAAAGAACCAUUUGUGAUUAGACUUCCAUUCCAUUUGGAGGAUGAGCAACCUGUGGUUUAUGGUGAAACUUCUAAUGUGAAUGAUAUCGUCGAAAAAGCAAUAUCUCAUAAGUCCAUGUUUUUGGGAUGGAUGGCAGCAAACAUGUCAUAUCCUUAUACUCGAAGUCUGACUUAUGCUGAGUUUCCAACCAAGUUUGUUUGGAAGGACGAUUCUUCAAAGUGGUUUCCUAGAAAGAAAGGCUUCGCAAUUGGAAGGUUGACUCAUGUACCUGCAGCAAAUACCGAAGAAUAUUACCAACGACUUCUCUUGAAUACUCAAAGAGGAUGUACGAGUUUUCGAGAUAUAAGAACAGUUGGAGGAACAAUUUAUGCUACGUAUAGAGAUGCAUGCUUCGCCCUUGGACUCUUGCAAGAUGACAAAGAAUUCAUUGAUGCAAUUAAGGAAGCAAGCUCAUGGGCCUCAGGAUCAUAUGUUAGGAGGUUAUUUGUCAUUCUAUUAACAUCCAACAAUAUCUCAAGACCAGAAUAUGUUUGGGAUAGAUGUUGGCAUGAACUCUCAGAUGAUAUUUUGUAUCGACAGAGAGCCGUGAUGAACAUGAGCGAGUUAACAAUGUCAGAUGAUGAGAUUAAGCAGUUGUGCUUAAUGGAUAUAGACAAGAUCUUAUAUUCCUAUGGUAAAACCUUGAAAGACUAUCCUCCUAUGCCUUUAGCAACUGAAGUUGAUAAUUCUUUGUUAACCGAAAGGGUUAUAAGGGAAGAGCUAAACUUUAACAGGGAUGAUUUAAAGAAAAAUGCCUCAGACAUGUUAGCCAUCGCAACACCUGAGCAGAGAUAUGCAUUCAAUAAAAUUGUUACAGCUGUGUAUUGUGAUGAAGGGGGUUUUUUCUUUGUGUAUGGUCAUGGAGGUACUGGAAAAACAUUUCUCUGGAACCUUAUGUCUGCUGAGAUUCGCUCAAGGGGUGAUAUAGUGUUAAACGUUGCUUCGAGUGGUAUUGCAUCUUUACUUCUUCCCAAUGGAAGAACGGCACACUCAAGGUUCAAAAUACCGCUGAAUAUAACUGAGGAUUCUGUAUGUAACAUCAAACCUGGUUCCCCUCAAGCAAUGUUACUGUUGAAAGCCAAACUUAUAAUUUGGGAUGAGGCCCCAAUGGUUAGUAGGUACUGCUAUGAAGCGCUUGACAAAUGCUUGGGUGACAUCAUGAGGUGUUCUCCAACAUAUAGCAAAGAUUUGCCCUUUGGAGGAAAAGUGGUUGUACUAGGUGGAGACUUUAGACAAAUUCUUCCUGUCAUUCCACGAGGAUCGAGACAAGAUAUCGUUCAUUCAACCGUGAAUUCGUCUUACCUUUGGAAGUUUUGCCAGGUGCUCAAACUAACAAAAAAUAUGAGACUCUCUGUAGGGACGACUGCUUCAGAUCAAGACGAGAAUGGUGAAUCUGAGAUAUGUCUUCCAGGAGAUAUUGUUAUUCCUUCUUCGGACCAGGCAUUUGAUGAGUUAGUUCAUUUUUCUUAUCCAAAUAUUCUGGAAAACAUGUCCUCAAAGGAUUUUUUCAAAGCAAGAACUAUACUGGCUCCCACACUAGACAUCGUUGAAGAGGUCAACAACCAUUUGAUGGCUAUCAUUCCUGGAGGAGAAAAAUUAUAUCUUAGUUCGGAUUCCAUAUGUAUGGAUGAAGGGAAUAUGGAGAGUCAACUAGAUCUCUAUGGUCCUGAAUUACUAAAUAGCAUAAAUUGCUCUGGUUUGCCUCCACAUAAAUUAAUACUCAAGAUUGGUGUUCCGGUGAUGUUACUCAGGAAUAUUGACCAAUCCAGUGGUCUUUGUAAUGGUACAAGGCUACAAGUUAGAAAACUUGGAAAUCAUGUCAUAGAAUGUGAAGUCUUAACGGGUAACAAUGUUGGUCAUAUUGCUUUGAUUCCAAGAAUGAAUAUGGUACCAACAAAUGAAACCGUCCCAGUUAGAUUCCAACGAAGACAGUUUCCCAUAAUAGUAUCGUUUGCCAUGACAAUUAAUAAGUCUCAGGGACAAACUUUAUCUCAUGUUGGAUUGUACUUGCCCAGACCAGUUUUUACACAUGGCCAACUAUAUGUGGCACUUUCAAGAGUUAAGAGUAAGAGAGGUUUAAAAGUUUUACUUAUGAAUCACGUAGGAAUGUCUGCAAAUUCAACUAUCAAUGUUGUUUAUAGAGAAGUCUUUAAAAAAAUAGUAUUCUAA